GCCAAGACGGUUGGACCCGCCGCCGGAGUCGCCUCGCGUACGCCGCAGAGGAGGACUUUUCAGACCCGGGGAUGACCUAGCGACUUUUGAAAUUUAACAUCCUGGCCCAGGAUGCUUCCGUUUUUGAUGAGAUUCUGCGGCUGCCUGCUUAUCUUCUUUCCUCCACUCUUUCUAUCGGCGUUUGGAAGUCAUCAAAGUUUGUGGCCGGCCGUUAACUGCAAAUUGACAAAGAUUGGUAAUGAUUAUUUGGGCAACGUUGACAAGACCCUCUCAGGAAAGAUUUGCGAAAACUGGAGCAGGGCCUUUUCUGAGAAUGAACUGAAGGAUUUCCAGUUCCCAGAGGGUUCAGCCAAAGCGGCGAAGAACUUUUGCCGAAACCCGGACGGGGAUGAAAGGGGGCCGUGGUGCUUUGUUCUUGCAGGACAAAGGGAAUACUGCAACGUUCCGUUCUGCAACACCGAAGAAAACUGCAGGCUGACGGGCGUUGGCCAGGAAUAUCAAGGCAGCGUUUCAACGUCCGUCUCAGGCAACAAAUGUCAGCACUGGAAGUUUGAAGACUUGAGUGACACCAAUUCGUGCGCCAACCCAACCGGCUCGUCUUUGGGACCGUGGUGUUUUGUGCAAAACCUGGACACCAACCUGGUCGAGAUGGAACCUUGCGACGUCCCAAUUUGCGAUUUUCCCAUGUGCUCAUUUGUGAUCUCAGCCUCAGAAUUUUCGCACUUUGUGGAGCUCGGCGGAAGAAAGCGGCUGCAGUUCAGAUUCAAAGCGUGGGACGCGUCUCUUCAGAACAUGCAGUCCGCAGUGCGCAUUUUGCUCUCGUCGACCCCUCACCUGCAGGGCAACAAAGGUUUCCAACUUGAGAUCAAACCUGCGCACCUGGGUGGUGGACUUACCUUGCAGAGGUGGACCCCCACAUCGGAUGGAAAAUCUAAAAAUGGUUUGUUUGCGCACUGGGGAGGACACCAUUUGAAGAUGGGCGUCAGUGGGUCUUGGUGGAGCGAAAUUUGGAUCGAGUGGGACGAAGCUGAAAUAAGGGCAGGCCUGAAUGCAGAUUUUGUCUCCUUGGACAUAGGAGAAGAAAAGCUGCGUUUCUAUAGUCUCGCAGGCCUCCCCUCCAUGUGGCAGAGCACACCUGAGUCAUGUUGUGAGACGCAUGCAACUAGUCCUUUGGGCUUCUCACCAAUAUGGUUCAUUUCAAGUGGAACUGAAGGUUUUGAACUGGACAUGAGAAUUAGAGCUUUCAGUUCUCCUGUGUUGCAACUGCACUCCAGUCCCCAAGCAGACGAUUCUCUGGGACAUUUAGAGAUUUUUCUUGAAGAUCUCUUGGAGGAUAAGGUUUUCUGGGUAAAAAAUUCUGUUAGGCGUUUGAUAGCAGAUAAGAAAAGGGAGUUUCCGCUUUUCACCGAAUUCUCAAAUUGGCAACACUUCAAAUUAAGAAGUUUGGGUUCAGAACUGGAAUUGUUGAGUUCAGACGAAACCAUUUUUAAAUUUCGGGACAGCCGCGUUUCCGGACUACGUUGGUUCUCCAUCGGUUCGAAUGGGACAUUUGCACUCUGGAAGAUCGGCGCAUGCAAAGUCUCUAACGCAGCAGAAGAGCAACACCGUGAGUGGUGCAAGCAGGACUCGGUAGGCUUCGGUUACGAGGGGACGCAGUCGGCCUCGGCAAGGGGUUUUCCUUGUCUGCCAUGGACGCAUCCACGAGUGGAUGGGGCUCUGCAGGAUGCCGCUCUUUUUCCGGACGCCUCGCUUGAAGACGCGUCUAACUUCUGCAGAAACCCGGACAGGCGCUCCAGUGGCCCUUGGUGCUACACCACGGAGAAGUACUUCCCGCCAAAAUCCUGCGGCAUCCGUGACUGCCAGUUAGACAACUGCAGAAAAGCGGGAACUGGAAAUGAUUUCAUGGGCACAUUGAACGUUACCUUUGGGCAAAAGUCUUGCCAGAAAUGGAGCACUAUGUACCCGCACGUGAUCAACUUUGAGCUGCUGCGGCCAGAGAACUUUCCAGAGGGAAGUGUGGAGGGUGCAUCUAACUUCUGUCGCAACCCCUCAAAGGCCAUCAUCGGCAGCUACUGCUUCACCACUGACCCCACCGUCAGGGUUGAUGCCUGUAAGGUCCCCAGCUGCCACAAAGACAUCAUUGACUCUCAGACGCUGAUAGUCAAAGGAAGAGGCGAGCGCGGCCAAAACAGCGUUUUCAUGACUCCUGAGUGGCGUGAAAACAAACUGCACUUUCACGUCAAGCAAUGGGACCCUCACGUUCCCGACGGUCUCGUCAUUUUCCUCAGACCCUUCAAAGGGGAAACUUUGCUGAAGCUGGUGAUAGGCGCCGACAAGAAUUCCGCUGUCAAGCUUUUCCAUUCAUCUCCAAAAUCAGGUGAAGUUUUAGUAUACCAGAAGAGGGUGUCACAUGUGGUUAGCGUAAGCAACUGGGCCAGUUUCAAACUCCACGUGAACCCUGAAAAACUGCAGUUUGGGUUCCAGAGCCACCCUUUCCCAUUUAUGGAGUGGAACGGUGACGAGGCAAACCAUCCCUUGUUUUCACCGGUCUAUUUAAAUUUCGCCACUGAGUUUGGCGGCCCCGUAGGACUGAACCUUCCCUCCAAAGAGUGCUUGACCUUCCACGAAGAGGGGGAGGAGGGGAGCAUUUUUCCUUACAUGGUCGGCCAGCGUGCCCAUCUGUUUUUGCCCACCAACCUGUGGCGUGACGACCUUACGCGGCCCAAGAAACUUGACAUUUUCAUUAAAGGGCUGCCAAAAAGCAAGUUCUCCGUUGCCUUCUCCACGCUUGGUGACUUUCAAAACGGAUACGACUUGAUUCACUUCACUACAAACACUAUUUCGUUCAGCUACAUCACUAAUGAAGAGUUCUUCUUCCGGCAUAUUACUAUCAGGUACACAGGAGCAGAGUUGUUAAUUGAGACUGACGAUCCAUUGCUAAGUGUAAAGUGGACUCACAACCAAGCGAUUAUGUGGUACAUUUUCAGCACCGCAGCAACAGGCAACGUAGUUUGGUCCGCAAACUGCAGCCCGCAAGAUGUGGACCGUGUGCGAGAUGGUGAUUGGUCGCAGUGGGGCGAGUGGAGAUGCAGCGCGGCGUGUGGUGGUGGCCACGGGUUGCGUGAAAGGACCUGCUCGGCGCCGCGGCCCUCCGUCCUUGGAAAAUUCUGUAAAGGUCAUUCAAUGCAAAGCGGUGCCUGCAAUGAACAGCCCUGUGGAGAAGUCUCCAUCUCAACUAAAAGAAGGAUGAGGGCGUUUUAUAACUCAGCGGCACAUUCGUUCAAACGCCGCCCUGGCCAGGCGCUCAACUUUUCCUGCAACCCGCCCUUCUUGGGAUCUGUUUUCAACGAAAUGGCGCUCGGCAAAGAAGCGGCUGCCAUGGCUUGGUCCAACAGCGAGGGCAUUUUAACCAACAACAAGGAGACCAACAUCUCACGAUUCUACAUGGAAAAUUUGUCUGCAAAGGACACUGGAUUGUAUAGCUUAGUAGUUUUGCGGCCGUCGGACCCGAAUGCCAUCUCGACCGCGUGCUUCUUCACCCUGGCCGUAUGGCGUGAGGCCAAAGUGCACGCAAACGAGCGGCUGGCCCUCGAGGACAACGUUGGUGACCUGCCGCUGCUGUACCGUGCUCUCACAGUCAAGUGGGUCAAAGGAGAUGAGGUCGUCAAGAACUUUGCCCUCAAUCCUGAUGUACAGGCCCACUCGCUUGUAAUUGAGACUGUGCGUCCCGAACACAGUGGCGAGUGGAGCUGCUUUGUCACCCAGCAUGACUUGGGUCUCGUUUGGAUCACUGCCUGGUACAACAUCCACGUUCUCCCGCCAAAGACUUUAGGUCUGUUUUCGGCGCAGCAUUCACUUUUGUCUAUGGUUUUUGAGCCAAUCACCUUUUUGUUCGGAGACAUGUUGGCGUUACCUGUGUUCGUUUUGCUCUGCGUCACCACGCCGUUCCUCCUACUACUCACCUUGGUCAGGUUCUGCCUGAGGGAAACGCAUUCAUACCUGCCUGCAUCAGGAUCAAGUGCAAAGUUCUUGAUGACCUCGGACCUCGUCUCCUUUAACCCACGUGACUGA